AUGAAUUCACUUACACAUAUUGAAGAUUUAUCAAAUGAAUUAUUCUUUGAAAUAUUUGAUUAUUUACAUGCAUUAGAUAUUUUUACUGCUUUUAAUUCAUUAAAUAAAAGAAUUUCAUCUAUUUUACAAAUAAUUCCACUUCGUAUUAUUAUAUCCUAUGAUCAUUGUCAUCGUCAAAUUGAUUUUCUUUCUUCAUAUCUUAAUUUUCAUUCGCAUCAAGUUAUUUCAAUAAAAACUUAUGAUACUAUUCGUGAUUAUUCAUCGAUUAUUAAUUUAUUAUUUAAUCGACAUUAUUUUAUUAAUCUUCAAUCAUGUAUAUUUCUUUCAGUUAAUCCUUCAACAAAACUUAGAAAUGUUAUUAUACAAUUAAAAACUCUAAAUAGACUUAUUUCAUUUCAUAUUCAUCAACCAUAUAAUAAAAAUCUACAUCAAAUUUAUAAAUAUAAUUUAACUCGAACUCUAUUAAUGCACAACUCAUCUUUUCUUCGUUCAAUUGUCUUACAAUAUCCUUAUAAUUAUUUCGAUAUAUCAAAUUAUAGUUCAAUAUCUUCAAAUCUUAUAUCACUUGAAUUAUUAAUUUCUGGUUCACCAUCAAUCGUAUCUGUUUAUUCAAUUUUACCAAUUCUUCGUCUUUGUCAUACAAUUCGAUAUUUAACUAUAACAGUAGAACAUAUGCAUCCAAUUGGAAAUGAUCAUAUCAAUUUUUCAAGUCAAACACCAUCUAUUAAUGAAAAUGAUCUUCCUAUAUUACCACAAUUAACGUCUUUUAAUUUAACAAUUCUUGCUAUAUGUGAUAUAUGUUCAAUUUCUUAUAUAUUACGUUGUAUGCCUAAUCUUAUUCAUUUUCAUUUUGUUCUUGCGACACGAAGUGCAAAUUGGCCAUUUCCUCAUGAAUUGCUCGAUGGUUGUGUAUGGCAACAAAUAUUAGAAUAUAAUGUUCCAUGUUUAUCGAAAUUUGAAUUCCAUAUGUCAAUUAUGAAAAGAUAUCCAAAAUUAAAUUUAGAUAAUGUUGUCAAUUCAUUUGAAUAUUUUUCUAAAAAAUAUUCUAAUUGGAAUAUGAUUAUUGAUCGAUGGAUACUUUUUCGUCGAAAUUCAGGUAAAUUAAAUUGA